GCCGAGGCGACCUGAUCGGCUCCGACUGUCUGACCCAGGAGGAGGUGAUCAAGACCAACGCCUGCGUGAAGGCCCUGACCUACUGCGACCUGCAGUACAUCAGCCUCAAGGGGCUCCGCGAGGUGCUCUGCCUCUACCCGGACUACGCCCAGAAGUUCAUCACCGAGAUCCAGCACGACCUGACGUACAACCUCCGAGAAGGUCACAGCACUGAGACGGACUGCGAGAGUAACGGAGGGAUCGUGAAGAAGCUUCCCUCCAUUAAAGAAGACGAGGAGGGAUCAGCGUCCGAGGGCGAGCACUCGCCUCUCCCCAAGAUGUCGUCCCUCGGCAGGCUCGGCCGAGGCCUGCGCUCCCCCCUGCGCUCCCCUCUUCGGUCCCCGCUGCUCCCGCCGAGGCCCUUCCGCCCGGCCAGCGACCCCAGCCGGCCCUCCAGCCUGCAGAUCCCCGUGGUGAGCUUCAGCUGCCUGCAGCCGGACCUCAGCCCCCGGUUUGUGGACGGGAUCGAAGCAGAGAACCACAGCGGCUCGGCUCCGAGGUUCGAUUUCUCUCCCGGUGCGACUCGGAGCUUCCUACCGAGUCCCGACUCCACCUCAGCUUCCUGUGAUGAAGGCGACACCAUGCAGACGAUAGCGAAGCUAAAGCACGAGGCCCGUGUCCUGUCCCGGUCCGAGUCCCAGCUCCACCUGCCCCACCCCCAGGCCUCCAGCAUGGCACCACCCACCCGAGAGGCGCUCCUGGCCCUGCAGGAGGUGGAGUGGGGGGAGCACAGCGCCCAGCUCAGCUUCGUGGAUGAAGGGCGGCCCUCGAAGUGA